AUGGCUGAGCUUGGCAUACCUGAGAAAUUUAUCAAUUGGAUCAUGCUUGGCACUGCUACAGUCACUUAUAGAUUCAAUGUCAAUGGUGAUUACACAGAGAUAUUGGAAGCUAAGAGAGAUGAUGUUCUCUUAUUCAGUAGAGGAGAUCAGUCCAUUGAUAUUAUGCUUGAUGCUUUUCAGAAUUUCUCUAAAUCAACUGGCCUCAUUAUGAAUCCUAAGAAAUGCAAGGAAUUUUUUGGGGGGAUGGAUGAUAAUACAAAAUCAGCUGUUCUGCUUAACACAGGGUUCACUGAAGGACAAUUCCCCAUAAGGUAUUUGGGCAUUCCAUUAGCCAGCAAGAGGCUUAACAUUCAUCAUUAUUUGCCUCUCAUAGACAAGAUUGUAUGUAGAAUUCGUCACUGGACUGCUCAUCUUCUCAGCACUGCAGGUCGAAUCCAAUUGGUGAAAAGCAUUGUUGUUGCCAUUACACAAUAUUGGAUGCAUUGUCUUCCACUUCCCAAGGCUGUACUCAAGAGAGUAGAUUCGAUUUGCAGGAAUUUCAUCUGGACAGGUGUGACUGUUACUAUGGACUGGUAUCAUGUGAUGUGCCAUAAUAUCGCGCGUCCUCGAGCAAAAGUUAUUCUCUGGCUGGCUUUUCAGAAUAGACUGGCGACGAAGCAACGACUGUUCAGACUCGGUUUCUUGCAGCAUCAACUUUGUGAGCUAUGUGAAAAAGAGGAUGAAAGUCUUGAUCAUUCGUUAUUUGCCUGCCCCCAGACUGUAGGCAUAUGGAAUGCAAUUCUGCACUGGAUGGGAAUUAGUGAUUUCAACAAUCUGAACUUUGAUUGGAUUAAGCGUAAAGUCAGAGGCAAAGGAGCUAGAAUGAGUCUGCUCAAAGCAGUGAUUGCUGAGGUGAUCUAUGGCAUUUGGGUGCUUAGAAAUUGA